AUGAUAUCGUGGCACGACCUUUACAACGUCUUAACGGCAGUGGUGCCGCUGUACGUUGCCAUGAUCUUAGCCUACGGCUCCGUCAGGUGGUGGAAGAUCUUCUCCCCGGACCAGUGCUCCGGCAUCAACCGCUUCGUCGCCAUCUUUGCCGUCCCCUUACUCUCCUUCCACUUCAUCUCCACCAACAACCCCUACACCAUGAACUUCCGCUUCAUCGCCGCCGACACCCUCCAGAAAAUCAUCAUGCUCUUCGCCUUGGGCCUCUGGACCAACUUCACCCGCAACGGUAGCCUCGAGUGGAUGAUCACCAUUUUCUCCCUCUCCACCCUCCCCAACACCCUCGUCAUGGGAAUUCCCCUCCUAAUCGCCAUGUACGGCCACAAAAUCCCCGAAUCCGGCAGCCUCAUGGUGCAAGUGGUGGUCCUGCAGUGCAUCAUUUGGUACACUCUCCUCCUCUUCCUCUUCGAGUACCGCGGCGCCAAGCUCCUCAUCAUGGAGCAGUUCCCCGAAACCGCCGCCUCCAUCGUCUCCUUCAAAGUCGACUCCGACGUCGUUUCGCUCGACGGCCGCGAUUUCCUGGAGACCGACGCCGAGAUUGGAGACGACGGUAAGCUCCACGUCAAGGUCCGCAAGUCCAACGCCUCCCGGCGGUCUCUCUCCGCAAUGACGCCUCGGCCAUCUAACCUCACAGGCGCAGAGAUUUACAGCUUGAGCUCGUCCCGGAACCCGACACCUAGGGGCUCGAAUUUCAACCCCUCCGAUUUUUACUCCAUGAUGGGAGUUCAAGGCUUCAACACGAGGCACUCUAAUUUCGGACCCGCCGACUUGUAUUCGGUUCAGUCCUCCCGAGGUCCGACUCCGAGACCGUCAAAUUUCGAAGAGACUCCAAUGCCGCAGGCGCAGACGGUUACGUCUCCGAGGUUCGGGUUUUACCCAGCGCAGACGGUACCGGCUUCAUACCCGGCCCCGAAUCCCGAGUUCUCGGCCCCUGUCAGUAAAAGCAGUACCAAAAACCAGCAGCAGCAACCGCAAGUGGCAGCGCAACAGGCUUUGAAUAAUGGUUCUACUAAAACGAAUAGUCAUCCACAUGAUGCUAAGGAGCUCCACAUGUUUGUUUGGAGCUCCAGUGCCUCCCCUGUUUCGGAAGGCGGUGGGCUCCAUGUAUUUGGCGGUACUGAUUUUGGCGCGUCCGAGCAAUCUGGACGGUCCGAUCAGGGCGCUAAGGAGAUAAGGAUGUUGGUUGCUGAUCACCCCCCAAAAUGGAGAAAACAAAGUGGUGGUGGUGAGGGGGUGUAUGGUGGAGAAGCGUUUAGCUUUGGCGGGAGGGGUGGUGCUGCAGAGGGAGAGGAAGAGAGGGAAAAAGAGGGACCCACUGGGCUCAACAAGUUGGGUUCGAGUUCAACAGCAGAGCUACACCCAAAGGGCGGUGGAGGUCCUGAGCACGAUCCGUCUGGUAGCGGAAAACAAAUGCCUCCUGCGAGCGUUAUGACCCGUCUGAUCUUGAUCAUGGUGUGGCGCAAGCUUAUCCGCAAUCCCAACACGUAUUCCAGUCUCAUUGGUCUCAUCUGGUCUCUGAUCGCUUUCCGGUGGCAUGUGGAGAUGCCGAAAAUAAUAGCCAAGUCAAUCUCCAUACUGUCCGAUGCUGGGCUAGGAAUGGCUAUGUUCAGCUUAGGUCUGUUCAUGGCACUUCAACCCAAGAUAAUUGCAUGUGGGAACUCGGUCGCCGGAUUUGCAAUGGCUGUGAGGUUCCUGACUGGCCCAGCCGUCAUGGCUGCUGCCUCCAUUGCUGUUGGCCUGCGCGGUACCCUCCUCCAUUUAGCUAUUGUCCAGGCUGCCCUUCCUCAAGGAAUUGUUCCAUUUGUGUUUGCCAAGGAGUACAAUGUCCAUCCAGCCAUUCUCAGCACUGCGGUUAUAUUUGGAAUGUUGAUAGCAUUACCAAUUACUCUUGUCUACUACAUUAUUCUCGGACUGUAA